GCGCACGACCGGACCUUUGAACAACUGAAAUAUACUAGUAGCGUCAGAUAGACGGGCCGUUCCGCGUACGGUGCGGGGGUUUUUAGCCAUAACACGGCCUCCGAAUCUACGUACCCCGUCCCCGAAUUAAAAAAAAUUCUCCCCGAAAAAUCAACAUCCAAUCAGUGGAGCCAUACAUCGUAGAAGCCGAUAACUGCCUUCAUAUCUGUUAAGAUGCCGAAACCAAAAUCAUUUACGAAGCAAUCAAAAGCGAAGCCAAAGAAAGAGCAGAAGCUGGAUACGGCAGACGACUUCCAAGCUGCCGGUGUCGAUUUUGAAGAAGCCGCUGGAAAAUGGCGUGCGGGAGAUGCUACCAAGUCUAUGAGAUUCUUUCAGCGGGCUAUUGACGUCUACGACCAAGGGCUUCGCAAGUUCCCUCAGAGCAUCGACCUUGCGUAUAACAAGGCCCGGGUACAGCUGGAGAUUGCUACGCAUCCUAUUCUUGUUGAGCAGUUGCAGCAGCCCUUAAGAGGCGUAUUGGACGAGGCGUUAGCGUCGCAUCGGUACACGUUAAAGUUGGACCCAGAAAAUCCAGACGCACUCUUUAAUACGUCUCAAGUUCUUACGGCUAUCGCUGAGUUGAUCGCCACUGAUGAGGAUGACGAUUCUGCUGGAACCGAGGCUGAAGCUUUGAAGGCGCUCCGAGAAGCGCUCGACCUGCAAAGCGCGUGUCUCAGCUUGCAGGAGCGAAAAUACCAGGAAUUCCUCGAGCAGGAACGCUUUGCUAACGAGCAAGGAGAAGACGCGAGUCACAAGGCCGUACCGGCUUCCGGAUCAGGAAAUGGCUCGUCUGGUAGCGCCGAGGAAGACGAAGAAUGGUUCAACGUAGUUGAGCCGGUCACUAGCGACACGCUUAUUGAUACACUUCUCGCUCAGCUGGCUACCAUCACCACUUUCUGUAGUAUUCUGAGCACCUCGCUCGAAGCUGCUCCCACAAAUACGCUCGCCUGGGUCGAGGAAAUUUCGUCGGGCCUAGUUGAAAAGGUACAAGUCAUCUCGCGUGAACAGCACGACAGGUUACAAGAAGUCGCCCUAGCGAGAGCCAAUCUUGCUUCGGUGAUGCUAGAAGCGGGUUACAGAUGCGGGAAGAUCGACGCCGAAAUUUACGGUCGAGAACUAAAUUCGGUUUUCGCAAAUGCGGAACUUCAGCUUGAGAAGUCUGCAGAAGGCCAUAUAGCAAAAGCUCGCUCUCUUCUAGCGCUCAACUCGGCACUAACAGAUUCCGACAACGGUGAUGCCCAGUCGCAGUCGACAUUGCGGUGGAAUGUUCUCACGGCUAGCAUAGCAAGUCUGAAAUCUGCGUCGGCCAUACGAGGGAUCCCUCAGGAGGACUUAGCUACUACGCAUCUCCUUCGCGGCGACGCGUCCUUAUAUCUUUACACUAUGGCCUUCCCGCCGACGUCGUACCAGACAGCCGCAAAUACAGCCUCUCAGAAUGCCAAGAACGCAGAGGUGUAUUACCGCAACGCGAGUAGGUUGACUCCGGACAAUGAAGAGAGAGAUGUCGCUUCGAUAAAGUCAACAGUCGCACAGUAUCUCCAAGCAUACUCCGAGGGGAGUACAGAAGUCGACGUUGGUAGCUUAUUAAACGCGAGUCCGCGGGGUCAGGAGUGGGUUAUCAAGCAGCUCGAGGAUAUGACGGCGGAGAAUCUCGUACCUCACGCGCUACUUUUCUAGUUCGUAGAUAUAGCGAAUGCAGACUUGUGAUCUUUGCUGAUAUUUUGCCUGCGAUUGGGGUAAAAUGGCGCCAGUAUCAUGCGUACAGUUAGCUGUUAAUUUGAGGUUGUCUAGGUACGCAAGUGGAAUGGUCGAAUACCUAGUACUAAACAAAGAACGCUGGGGUUUUAGAUGAGAUACCUCGAUUAAAGGAUACCUUUAUUCUCUAAGUGUAUUUCCCAGUUGUAUAAUACCAAAAGCAUUACAGGGAAUUUUGACCGUUGCCAG